ACAGAGACUUUGGAUUGCAGUUCUCUAGAGCAGGAUAACAGAGAAACUGGCUGGGACUAUCACUCGAACUCCGUACUCUUGACAGAGAACUGUUAGGAUGGGAAAUAGUGCAUUGAAAGCCCACCUGGAGACAGCACAGAAAACGGGUGUGUUUCAGCUCACGGGAAAGGGACUUACAGAGUUUCCUGAAGAUCUGCAGAAGCUGACAAGCAACUUAAGGACAAUAGACUUGUCGAACAACAAAAUAGAGCUCUUGCCACCACUCAUUGGAAAAUUUUCUUUUUUGAAGAGCCUUGUUCUAAACAACAACAGACUGACUGCGUUACCUGAGGAGCUGUGUAAACUGAAAAAACUGGAAACACUACAUUUGAAUGGCAAUCACUUGAGGCAGCUACCGGCUGCGUUUGGACAACUUUCAGCUCUCAAAACUCUGAGUCUUUCUGGAAACCAGCUUCGGACUGUGCCUCCACAACUCUGUGGUCUUCGCCAGUUGGAUGUGGUGGAUCUGUCCAAAAACCAGAUCCAAAAUGUGCCUGACACUGUGGGAGAAUUGCAAGCUAUUGAACUCAAUUUGAAUCAGAAUCAGAUAUCCCAGAUCUCAGUGCAGAUCUCCCACUGUCCACGCCUCAAAGUCUUGCGUUUAGAAGAAAACUGUCUAGAACUCAGCAUGCUUCCUCAGAGUAUCCUCAGCGAUUCCCAGAUCUCACUGCUUGCAGUAGAAGGCAACCUCUUUGAAAUCAAGAAGCUUAGAGAACUGGAAGGUUAUGACAAGUACAUGGAACGAUUUACAGCUACAAAGAAGAAGUUUGCAUGAUCAUUAUUCUGACCCUCUGUGUUCCCAGUAAGAAGAGUUAGUGACUCAAGUACCUACUUCACUGACUUAAACCAAGACUGAUGAAUGGGGUGAUCAGAGUACUCCUCCUCUACUAGUCUGAUACGGUCUGUGAAGGCCACAUUGAAUAAACUUGAACUAGAGAACAUGGGUAUUGAACUGAUGAACAUGCCCAGGGGCCAGUUUUGAUUUUUGUGCCACUGUAGCUUUUAGCACAAUACAUGUUCUUCUUUGUCAGGGCUUGCUCUUUCAACAGAGAAAGGGAAUGAGCGUUUCAAAGUUGCCAGUUCCCUUUUGUCAGGAAGCUGGCUGUUGAUUUUUUCUUCUGGAAACAUUUUUCCAAUAGCACAUAGAAGUUCUACCACCAAAGCAGAUCUGAAACAUUGUACAUCUUGCAGGUAGCAUUAUUCUACAGAGAAGUUUUACAGAUAAGGUUUUAGUUUACAACCUGUGUAAGUUUUUUAUGAAGCACAAAUAGUUGCAGCUAAGUUAAAGUGUUUUAUUAACUGCUUCUGGUAAACAAAUCAUGGUUUGAGCAUCCUUCAUUCAUAUUUUACUGUACAGGCUUUCUUUUCCCAUAAGCAAGAAUUGCACUACAGUCCACUUCUGCUUGAGCUGUACAGAAUAAAAAUAAAGUUCAUCUUCAGUGUAUUCAGUAAAAAUGUAUAUUGCCAGAAAAUAAUAUCCUUGCACUGACUCCUUGUGUACAGAGCAAUGCUGAAAGUUUUAGUUGUCAGCCUACUGCUGCUGCCUUAUUACCAAAAGCACCUAGAAAGAGCUAAAAAUGUAUGCAAUUAUGUAACUUAUAUUGAAAAGGAAAAUGUACUUGUUUAUUUUAGUAAAUAAUUUUC